AAUCAUCAUUUCUGAAGUCCAGUUUGUAAACAGGUACAGCAGAGGCUAUGUCCACUGCUGACCCUGAAUUCUGCCCCCUUUCCCAGUAGCUCUUUGUCAGUAAGAAAACCACCUGCACACAUUGCUUUUAAAAUUUAAACGAAUUAAGACUAAGUACGCGUUUUUCUUGUCACCCCAGUGACAUUUUAAGUGCUGUUUCAGGGAGCCGUCGACCUCAUAGAGCAGACUGUAGAACUCUGCUGGCAUGGCUGAGAGUUCCACUGCCCAGCCUACCCCCAGAUAACGCGUUUCUUUAAACAUUUGCUUUAGCCUCAUACUUUUUUUCUUUUUAAAGUAAAAGGUUAUAUAUUUUUUCUGUCAUGUCACAAAAUACCCGAAGCUGAGUAAUUACAAAGAAGAAAGAUUUAUUAGCUUGCAGUUUAGAUAGUGAGAGCCCAAGAUUGGGCAGCUGCUCUUCUUUGGUCCCCUGUGAAGACCUCAUGGCAGAUGAUGGAAGCCCUUGGUGGUGGAGAUCGCACGGGAAUAAAGUAUAACUGUGUUUACUGAUGCAGACUGCAGACAUAUGGUGAAAACAAGCUCGUAAAUAGUACCAGAAUACCAAGGCUACAAAAAUACUCUUCCAUAUUUUCAUGAAUCUGUAAAAUUAUGUGACUGGAGGUCAUUUUUCCCAACAAUGGGGGAGAGAGCCAGAAGUCCAGAUAGUGAUCAAGAGAGAAGAGCUGGCAAGCACAAUUACUCUCGCUAUUCGUCUGACUUUGGGUCCUCACCACAGUCUUCUGGCCAUUCAUCACCUGUCAAUCCGCCUUCUUGUCCAGCUACUAAGGGGAAGAAUCCCAAAAGACAAUUUUCAGACAACCAGGUAUAUCACCAAGCCCUUAGGAAAAUUAGUCCUAAGGCUGUACCCAGCAAAAAGGGAAACCGAGUGGGAUUUCGGUCCCAAAGCCUCAACAGAGAGACGCUUCGGAGAGAUCCAGAUAUCGUGACAAAGCGGGUCCUUUCUGCGAGGCUUCUGAAAAUCAACGAGCUGCAGAACGAAGUGUCUGAACUGCAGGUCAAGCUAUCCCAGCUGCUCAAAGAAAACAAGGCUUUGAAAAGUCUUCAGUUUCGUCAGGAGAAAGCAUUGAAUAAGUUUGAAGAUGCAGAGAGUGAAAUCUCUCAACUUAUACAGCGUCAUAACAAUGAGAUCGCUGCGCUCAAAGAACGCUUGAGAAAAUCUCAGGAGAAAGAACGGGCGACAGAGAAAAGGGUGAAAGACACAGAAGGUGAACUAUUUAGGACCAAGUUUUCCUUACAGAAACUGAAAAAGAUCUCCGAGGCUAGACACCUCCCAGAACGAGAUGAUCUGGCCAAGAAACUGGUUACGGCUGAGUUAAAAUUAGAUGACACCGAGAGAAAAAUUAAGGAACUAUCAAAAAACCUCGAACUAAGCACCAACAGUUUCCAGCGGCAGUUGCUUGCGGAAAGGAAAAGGGCGUUUGAGGCUUAUGAUGAAAAUAAACUUCUUCAAAAGGAGCUGCAGCGGCUCUAUCACAAGCUGAAGGAAAAGGAGAGGGAAUUGGAUAUAAAAAACAUAUACUCUAAUCGUCUGCCGAAGUCAUCCCCAAAGAAAGAAAAAGAAGUUGUUGCAAGAAAAAAUGUAUCAUGCCAGAGUGACCUUACCGACCUGUGCACAAAGGGAGUGCAGACCACUGAAGACUCGGAGCUGGAGGAAUUCCCUGUCAUGCCACAGACUGUCCUGUGUUAUGAGAACAAAUGGGACAGACCAGAAUCUCUUUCUUCGUACCUGGAAUACCAAGAGCGAAAUGAGCAUGGAGCAGAGAUUCUAAACCCAGUCUUGGACAAAGAAGAAAGAUGCAGUGAAGAUCAGGAAGGAUACUCUGGGAAACAGGAGGCGGGGAAGCCUGAGAGGGAAUGGGAAAGAGAAGAAUUUGAUAAAGUGAAAGGUAAGACAUCUUUACUAGGAAAAACAGAGAAGCCAGUGCUGGAGACUGGAAGGUUUCAAGGAGAAACGUAUCAAAUUCAGAAUGCUGAUAAACUCGAAGAUGAGGCAGAAAGACUAAAGACAGAAAUGCUUCUUGCCAAACUGAACGAGAUCAACAGAGAACUCCAAGAACCUCAGAACCUUAACCGGCCCCCUUUGCCAUUGCUACCUAACUUUGAAUCAAAAUUGCAUUCUCCAGACAGAAGCCCCAAAUCAUACACAUUCUCCGAGUCUUCAGAUAGAUCAUUUAAUGGACAUCACUUGUCAGACAUGAGUUUUUUAACUCCCAGAGGAGAAGGCCGGAGUCCAGGACCGAUUCGGAGUCCAGGACUAAUUCGAAGUCCAGCCCCUCCAGAUGAGUUUGCGUUUGGUAGCUAUGUGCCUUCAUUUGCAAAAAUGUCAGGAAAGUCAAAUCCACUUAGCCAAAAAAGUAACCUUUUAGAUUUUCAAAAUAACAGUUUAGAAAGCCUAGGUAAAAACAGUGUAGAUUUAAUUUUGAGAAAAGAGAAAAAAGCGAACCUAAUGGAGGAACUGUUUGGCCCCAGCACCAGCAGCACCACCAUUUCUGCCAAGAGCAGUGAGACACAUUUUCUGGCUGCCAGCAGAGGAGACUUGGACCCUCUUAAUUUCCCUUCUGGGGAUAAAAUCGGCAGAGUUCAGGAGCCUGGUGAUGAAGAUGAAGACUUUUUCCUCAGUGAAGGAAGAAGUUUUAAUCCCAACAGACAGCGGCUAAAGCACACAAGCAAUAAGCCAACAGUCACAGCUGUUGACUCUGUUGACGAGGACAUUGAAGAGGUCACACUCAGAUGACUGACUGGAGCGCACAGAGUAUAUGUGUAUAUGUUUUUAAAAUUGUAAAUAUUAAAGUAUUUUAAUACAGUAUUUAUUAUAAAAACUUCAAUUUCUAAUGGUAAAAUAGACUUAUUAGGGAGUAGUUCUUAGCAACUAAAUACUGCACAAUUGAACAAAUAGCGCCAUACCUAACAUGACCAUGUUGCUAAGAAUGCUGUUUUUGUUUUGAAAUGAACUGAAAGGAGAGUUGCUGCUUCCUUUUUUUUUCCUGUUUUUACAACUGGUCUCACUUACUGAGCUGUGGCAAGUUUUACUUCACUAGAAUCUUUCUCAUUUCCUACUUUUACCUCUAUUUAUUUUUUUAUCAAAUCUCGCUGAGCCUAAGUGUUGUCUUCCCACUGAUGGUUAAAUGGAAAUUAAGGGUCUCUAGUGAAGACCUUUCACCAGUUAGCAAAGAGCGAUGGGACUUGGAGCUGUACCCUUGUCUGAGGUGGCAAAGCCAAGCUACUCCCGAGUGGUGGUGGCAACAACCUUAGGACUUCCUCUGGAAUUUGGGGUACUUACCAAGGUAUGCACUGGGGUGCCUAAAACACUCACUGCUGCUCGGCUGGCCACUUAGGUGGGUCACGGAAGGCAUUUUUGCCUUGUAUGGUACCCCGUGUGGCUCCAGGAGGCUUAGGCACAGUGCCAUUCCCCUCCUUUGUACACUCUGAAUUCUGGUGGCUGCUGGAAGAUUCCCUACCAAAUACAGGAAGGAGAAGAAAUGUCAGUACAAUACAGAAUUAUUUUCAGCUUAAUUAUGUUUCCAGAGUCCUGGUUUUGGAAAUUUUAAUAAGUAAUUUUAAGAUUUGAACUUGUACUCAAACUCAGCAGACAGAAGUGUGAUAGUCUUGGGUUUACAGAACUGAUGUUGAUGCCACUGUGGGGAGAAGUGUUUAGCAUGGGGCACCUGCUGUGCCGAGUAGAAAGGUGCAGUUUCCUUACACACAGUUCAAGACAGAUGCAGAGGCGGAUGCUGAACAGCCUGCUCUGCUGCAGCAGUGAUAGAUGGGCCAAGGAGAAACACUGUGUAACGAAGUGAUGAAGCAGUGUGACCAUUUGUUCAUGGCGUGGGUUGUAUGGUCGUCCAGGCAUUCAUGCUGACUUAGGGCGGGAGUUCCCAUGGUGUCUGGGGUUCUUCUGAAUGCUGACUUGGGAAUACUGCUUGAUAUUUGGUAAGUCUUUACUUGGUUAGGCCUCUCAUUCACGGCUGCACUGCCUGUCACCUCCUGGACCAGCUUCUCGUCAUUUAUUGGGAACAGACUCUCCUUAAAGUACUACAUAAUAUGUAAAGCUUCUUUCAAAGAGGAUUUUAGAUCUUCUAUGAGUAAGCAUUUACUAUAUUGCAGAUCAUUGUAAUAUAUGUAAACGUGUUAUUUGUGAUACAGUUCUUGAUCAAACAUUAUGUAAUGUUAAUUUUGUUUGUGGCUGUAAGUUUUCUACUGAAGAAUUCUAAUUUUAUAAUUUUUAAAAAAACUUUUUCAGAAAAAUUUUUAUUCCUUACUUUAAUUAGAUUUAUGCCCUGAAAAUCUAUUUAACCCAGUGAGCAAAGAAUUAUUAAAAUUAAAACAAAUUAAGUUAAAAGUUUAAAAGCAUUAUGAUGUUUAGUGUUAGAACUGGAUAUUAAAAUGUGUAAAACUUAGAAAGCCAAUCAGUUUUUUCUAAAUAUCAAGUUAAAUUUAUUUGUACCCAGAACUCUUACUAAUAAACAUUUAAAACACUC